UUAUAAAUGCAUGUUAUUGCCCAGUCAGCGGCCGAACAAAAUAAGAAAUAAUAAAGAAAACAUCAAAAAGUAUAAAACAACAGAGAAACUUGAAAUGGGUAAAAAAGGAAGAAAGGCAACAGAUUACGACGAAAUUCUCAAAGAACAACAACAUCUCUCAAACACAUCUGCAGGUCCUUCUUCUCCUCCUCGCAAUGAAGGGUUUGUUGCCCGAAGUUGGUCAAGAAUUUCAGGACGCCGUAAACGACAAAAACGAAAAUCGGCGGCCGAAGGAAGGCAACAACACAAUGAAAUGAUACAAGACAACAAUAGAAGGGGCAGGGGAGUAUCUCAGAAUGCCCAACUUGAAUGGCCUUCAAAUAAUGACAGAAAUUUGGUUGGAUUAACACAUCUCGAAAGGGAGGAAGCGAGAACAAAAAAGCCUUUUCUUAGCCGAAGUAUGGACAGGCUACGGCGUUCAAUUCGUCGUUCAUUCCGAAGAGGUGGUGGACAAGCCGGGCAAGCCCUAACAAGCUCAGCAACAGAAGGGCACCCAUCCUCUUCAACAAAUCCACAACCAAGUGGAAAUGGAACUAGCGGAGUUGGUGGAACGUCAAAUAAAAGUUAUUGUCAUUCAGAUGAAGUUGCAGUACGUUCUGCAGCUUGUUCUUUUCCAGUCAAGUAUUUGGGCUCUUGUGAAGUGUUUGAAUCACGAGGCAUGCUUGUGUGUGAGAGUGCUUUGCAGCAUCUUAGAAACCGUAAAAGACCGGUCAAAGCACUACUUUAUGUGUCUGGAGAUGGAAUUAGAGUUGUUGAUCAAACAAAUAAUAGAGGGUUAAUUGUUGAUCAAACUAUAGAAAAAGUUUCGUUUUGUUCUCCCGAUCGUCAUAAUGAUAAAGGGUUUGCUUAUAUAUGUCGGGAUGGGGCAACAAGGCGUUGGAUUUGUCAUGGAUUUCAUGCAACUAAAGAAUCGGGAGAGCGUCUUAGUCAUGCAGUUGGAUGUGCUUUUACUGUUUGUUUGGAAAGAAAACGAAAAAGAGAUGCUGAAUCUGAGGCUUUUAAGGAUGCCCAAGCAUUAAAAAAUUCAUUAAAUAGCCCUACAAAUCAAAAAUCUCCAAAUAAUUUCAAAUUUUUUGAUCAAACUGAUCAAUCGUCUUUGGCUAGAACAAAUCAAGGAUAUCGUUCUUUUCGGCAUUUAAGUAUUUCUGAACGUCGUUUGGAUCCCCAAAAAGCAAUUCUCGUUGAACAAGAAAAGAUAAAGCCGAGUAAUUCAUCUUCCGAUGUGUCAACAAGUAAUAGUUUGUCUUCUCCAAUUGGAGGAUUUACAGCAACACCUAGACCUUCAGGGAAUCCUUCGCUUUUUGAACGAUCGCGUUCUCUUCGCCCUUCUUUUUCAACUUCUUCAUUUCCUGCAUUUAAUGCCCCACCAGUUUCUGUCAACAAAUCUUUUAAUACAUUACAACACAACAGUAGGCCUUCAACAACCCGUUUUAUAACAAGAAAGUCUUUGUAUAAUGAACCAAUUUGGGAGGGAGAUGAUGAUCAGGGGAAUGAACAAAAUUCAUUUGAUAAUGCUUCUCUAUCCAACUGGAAUAGCCGUUUUUAUAGAACCAUGCCUUAUUCUAUGCCGAACUUUGUUGAAGGUGGUGUAAACAAUUGGCCUCCUCCUCUAAUUAACAGCAUGAUUCCACCGCCUACCAUCUACGAGGAGAAUAAACAACAAAAUCAAUCACUUCUACAACAAUCAAACGUUCCAAUGCAGUCGAAAUCUUACAGGAAUUUUGAGGAGGAACAACGAGGGAGUGGAAACAGCGGUUCCCCGCCAGCUGAUCCUUUUACUACAACCAGUAUUGAACAACAACAGGAAUCUCCACCACCCUUAAAAGCUGAGGACUGGUUAGAACAACAUUUUCGCCGAGCAGCAACAAUUUCUCGUUCAUCAUCUUUUGCUUGUGACAAUCUUCCUCCUUCAAUGAUUUUACCCCGUUCAACAACAAUUGAUUGGUUGUCUAAUCAAGUUAAACCAGCUAAUGAUAUUCAACAACUUCGUCAAAGUUGGACUCAAUUUCCUCAGCAGCAGACUUCUAAAGGGGAGAAUUUCCUAGCUAAUCCUGGGCAUGAAAUAAAUUUGGCAAACAAUUCAAGUCUUCCACCAUUACAGCCUUUGCCUCCUUUGCCACCUUUUGUCAGAAACCCUUCCUGGUCACAAACAAUGCGUCAAGAGCCGACUGCUGAAACCCUACCAAUUCCAAUUUCUUCAGCAAAUAGUAAAAAAACAACGCCUCCUAAAUCCUUAUCGCCUUUGAAUGAAAAGAAAAAUUCCAAAAUUCUUCGUGAUGAGUCUAUAAGUGGAAAUAAAACACAUUCGCGUAAAGCUUCGUCUGGUCGUCGAAUUGAAUAUCAAUUGCUACAGGAAACUGAUUUCUCUUUAAGCCCACCAAGAAGUGAAUAUUCCUUGUUUAAAGGAGUUGGGGAUGGGUCUUUUUCAGACAAACAAAUUUCUGUUGCAGACCCUUUUGAUGUUAAUUGGUCACAAAAAGUUUUGGAAGAGACUGCUCGACAACAUCAACAAAAUAAUCGAGGUACAUGGCAUAAAGAUGCACCUGAACCAGAAAAGACAAUGAGUUAA